AAGGAGAAGAGAGACUUGAGCAUCAGAUGCGGGCUGAGGAUUUGACUGAACAGCAUCUCUCUCUCUCUCUCUCUCUCUUUCUCGCUCUGCCUCCAGCAGACUGCUCACAUUUUUAUCCCCCCUCCACCGAUGCGACAAUAAUUAUUUCCUCCCCUUCAGCUUUUGCAAAUUUCCAAAUCACACACACACACACACACACACACACACACACACACACACAGAGACACACAGACAAACCUUUUGUUGCUCUCAUCGUCAUAACAACAGCGAGGAAGCGCGUCCACACAGAUCACCUCUCGUAAUUCUCGCCCCCCCAAAAAAGGAACAGCUGACAGGCAGAACAUAAAACUUGGCAGCUUACAGAGUUGACAAGAGCUUCUCCAGGACCAGAAUCUUAUGGAAACAAGAUGGAAGGAUUCCUCGUAUCUCUGAUGAAGUAGAGCCCUCACUAGCACACUCCCACCCUCCAUUUCAACUUCCCUCACUUUCAAAGGGUUUCAGAAUGGAUGAGCAAAGAUGCCCCCUUCCUCCCCCCCUCAAAACAGAAGAGGACUACAUCCCAUAUCCCAGUGUUCAUGAGGUUCUGGGUCGCAUCAGCCCAUUUCCACUCAUCCUGCUGCCCCAGUUUGGAGGCUACUGGAUCGAGGGGACCAAUCAUGAGCCCAAAGACCCACCAGAGGCUGAUCAACCCCCCUGUUCUACCUCCCACAUCAAACUGGAGACAAACAGCACUGCCAAAAUCUAUAGGAAGCAUUUCAUGGGCAAGGAACACUUUAAUUAUUACACCAUGGAUGCUGCCCUCGGCCACUUGGUCUUUUCCAUGAAAUAUGAUGUCAUUGGGGAUCAAGAGCAUCUGCGCUUGAUGCUUCGCACAAAGAUAAAAACCUACCAUGAUGUGAUUCCCAUUUCCUGCCUUACCGAGUUUCCCAAUGUGGUUCAGAUGGCCAAGCUUGUUUGUGAAGAAGUAAACGUAGACAGGUUUUAUCCCGUCCUCUACCCAAAGGCAUCAAGGCUGAUUGUCACCUUUGAUGAACAUGUGAUCAGCAACAACUUCAAGUUUGGGGUUAUUUAUCAAAAGUUUGGCCAGACAUCAGAGGAAGAGUUGUUUGGGAACAUGGAAGAGAGUCCUGCCUUUGUUGAGUUCUUGGAGUUUCUGGGCCACAAGAUUGAGCUUCAUGACUUUAAAGGGUUUCGGGGUGGGCUGGAUGUCACUCAUGGGCAGACAGGGACAGAAUCAGUCUACACAAGUUUCCAUAAUAAAGAGAUUAUGUUCCAUGUGUCCACCAAGCUGCCUUACACAGAGGGAGACUCACAGCAGCUGCAGAGGAAGAGGCACAUAGGCAACGACAUUGUAGCCAUCGUGUUUCAGGAGGAGAACACGCCCUUUGUACCAGACAUGAUCCAGUCCAACUUCCUGCAUGCGUAUGUGGUGGUGCAGGUGGAAAAUGCAUGUACGGACAAUGUCACCUACAAGGUGUCUGUGACAGCACGGGAUGAUGUACCUUUCUUUGGGCCUGCUCUGCCUGACCCUGCCAUCUUCAAAAAGGGCCUUGAGUUCCACGAGUUCCUCUUCACCAAGCUCAUCAAUGCAGAGUAUGCUUGUUACAAGGCUGAGAAGUUUGCCAAGCUUGAGGAACGCACACGUUCAGCCCUGUUGGAGACUCUGUAUGAAGAGCUGCACAUAAACAGCCAGUCCAUGAUGGGUCUGGGUGGAGACGAAGAUAAGCUGGAGAACGGGGGUGCAGGAGGAGGAGGAGGAGGCUUCUUUGAAUCCUUUAAGCGGGUCAUCCGCAGCAGAAGCCAGUCUAUGGACGCCAUGGGCCUCAGUAACAAGAAGUCAAACACAGUCUCCACUAGUCACAGUGGCAGCUUUACCCACAAUCCCGCAGAGAGCCCCAAAACCCCAGGGAUUUCAUUACUUGUUCCAGGCAAAAGUCCCAGUAAAUAUGGACGCCGAGGCAGUGCCAUAGGGAUAGGAACAAUAGAAGAGUCAUUGAUCAUUCCUGGGAAAAGCCCAACCAGGAAAAAGUCUGGGCCCUUCAGCUCUCGUCGCAGCAGCGCCAUUGGCAUUGAGAACAUCCAGGAGGUCCAAGAGAGGAGCCGGGAGGUAUCUCCCAGCACCCAGAGGACACCAGAGAGCAGCCACUUUUCACAGGAAAACAGAUCAGACAACUCCUCUAAUCACAGUUCUCCAGAAUUUCCUGCUACUAGGAACAGCUUGGCGAUGUGUUGCAGGGCAGCGUCCAUCCCUGAGGCUCAGGACCUUUCCCGCUCUUCCUCCAACGCCAGCAGUUUCGCCAGCGUAGUAGAGGAGCAUGAGGCAGAAGAGGAGUAUGACACUGGACUGGAAAGUGUGUCUUGUGUGACACCACUCAAGAAAGACUCCUUUGUGUACAGCUCUGCAGCCGAGGACAUCGCAUGUAGUACCAGCCAGGGAAGUUUUCCAGCAGCUUCUCAUCUUCAACAGCAACUGGAUGCAGUGAAGGCAUCAGAGCCAAAAGGGACAGACAGCCACCCCAAGACAGAUCAACUUUCACAGGAGAACAAGUUCUCAUCGAACUGUUAACCACACUCCUGUGAUUACUACAUCAACGUCCAUUUUGAGCAUUCCCAUAUGAGGCAU